AUGCCUCUAUCCAUCUCAGAUAUUGAAUCCCUCCGUGCGGCUUCCACGCCUCUACCAACCACUAUUUCUGCACGUGUAUCUUCAGAUUCAUUCAAAUCCCCCGAAGCGCAUGCAAAACCCACGUCAAGAGAAUUGAAGGGGGUCUUCAGCGAGGAAAGCCGACACUUCGGUGGUUCAGCGUUGAGGCAGUCGGCAAGUACAACAGGGAAUCAUGAUUUGAUUGCACUCGGGACCGGCAGACCAACAGCUGAUUAUUACCCAUGGAAUUCCAUUACUUUCAAUGGUAUUUCACCUGAAUUCGGUAAUAAUGUUGGGACAAACUCGCAGACAGUCAACAAGCUAGAUGACAUCUACAAUCUGUCCACUGCCCUGAACUACGGCUAUUCUGCUGGGUCACCGCCACUUGUGCGCUUUUUCACAGAACAUACAGAGAUCGUGCAUGAUCCCCCUUACUCGGACUGGAGGUUAUUCCUUUCGUGUGGCUCCACGGCGGCAUUUGAAGUCGCUUUCCGGAUAUUUUGUGACCGUGGCGACACCCUCCUGACAGAGGAAUACACCUACCCAGGAGCCUUGGAAGCGGCUGCAUUGAUAGGUAUCAAAUCCCGGGGUAUUCCAAUGGAUGCCCAGGGCCCAAUACCCGAGGAGCUGGAGCGUGUACUAAGCACUUGGGAUGAUCUGUCAUCCCAGAGCCCAAAACCGAAAGCCUUUUAUACUGUUCCUUCCGGACAGAACCCCACAGGAGCAACACAAUCCUUGGAGAGAAAGCUGGCUAUAUACGACAUAGCUGAGAGGCACAACUUGAUCAUUAUCGAGGAUGACCCCUACUAUUUUCUGCGAUUGGGAGGGGAUUAUAGGCCAUCUCGAACCAACGAGCCCGCUGAAAACGGGAAUAAGGCCGGGGAAGGAAACUCUUCAUCCAAGUUUCUCGCAAGCUUGAUUCCCUCCUACCUUUCCAUCGAUCGGACGGGCCGGGUCGUACGACUUGAUUCGACCUCUAAAAUCCUUGCGCCUGGACUCCGGGCGGGAUGGGUCACCGCCAGUGCUCAAAUCAUCAACAAAUUUAUUGCCUAUCAAGAAGUCAGCACCAUUGCAGUUAGCGGGCCGUCUCAGUUGAUGCUUUGGAAACUUGUUGAGCAGAGUUGGGGGCAUGAAGGCUUUUUCAAAUGGCUUGGAAGUCUAUCCCAGAGAUAUUGCGAACGUUUAAACAUCUUGCUGAAAGCAUGCAACCAAUAUUUACCAAAGGAGAUAUGUAGCUGGGUGUCGCCAGACUACGGUAUGUUCUUUUGGAUCAAGGUCGAUUGGCACAAGCACCCUUUGGUUCAACAAAACGAGCAGACAAAUAUCAGGCUCCAAAUUUUGGACGUGGAAGAUAGAGUUGUCAAAGCAGCAUUCAAGGAUGGGGUACAAGUUACAAAAGGCUCUUUUUUCUCGGUCAACAAGCACGAUGAUGGGCUUCAUUUCCGAAUCACGUUUGCUGCAGCAUCAGAGAAAGAUCUUGAUGCAGGUGUCAGAAUUUUCGCAAAUGCACUGAGGAAAGAAUUCUCAUUGGGUUCAUGUUAA